CAGUGCAUUGGCGUAAGCAACGACCUGUAGCUGUGAAGGGAGGCAGGCAGGCAGGCAGGAGUCUCAGAUGACAACACACUGAAUCCCACCCUUUUCAUUUGAUGACAGCUGCAGCUCUCUGAGCCCCUAGUUAAUUGGCAGAUGUGCUUUGAUCCUACUUUGUAAUUUUUGAAAGGAUAUUCAGCCCAGCUCCCCAAAGAUGCUGGUGUCCCUGACUGUUGGGAAGGUUGACGCAGGCGUCGCAGUCCUCCUAACCCAAGACAACCGACUUAUUGAGUUUCCAUCCGUCCUCUUGCCUAGCGACAUCACCUCUGGCAGCAUUGUUGAUAUCACUGUAUCGCGAAACCUAGCCGCCGAAGCUUCCAGUGUGUCGGCGUUCCAAUCUCUUCAAAAGCGCAUUCUUCACACCUAUGGGAUCAAUACGCCAUCAGCCCCCGUACUACGACUUAAAAAUGCGACACAGACAUCGCUUGUCCUUGAAUGGGAUCCUAUCAACCUAGCCACAGCCUCGCUCAAGUCCCUAUCCCUGUAUCGCAAUGAUUCUAAGGCAGGAUCUAUCCCUCGACCGUUGGAAAUGCGCAGCACAAAGAUUAGCGGACUUGCCAUUGACACUGAAUACACCUUUCACCUUGUCCUGCGCACGUCCGCGGGCACAUUUAGUUCUCAGAAAUUAGUGUGCCGAACGCACAAAAUGACAGAUCUAUCUGGAAUCACUGUCACUCCGGGUAUUAUGCCGCCAGAGAUGAGAACCUCACUUGAGAACGCGGUCGAACGAAUUGGUGCGAAAAUCGUGGAUUCGAUACAAAUAGACACCACACACUUUGUCUGUACGGAAGGCAGAGGCCCUUCAUGGGAGAAAGCUGUUGAGAUGAACAUUCCAGUUGUGCGACCAGAGUGGGUCGAUGGCUGCGAGCGAGAGGGCACCAUUGUCAGUGUUCGGGGAUAUUACUUAAAUGCGGAUCCGAAAUUGAGGCAGAUAGGGCCUGGUGUCGGUGCUCAUCAAAACCGACAGCAUGCUAUUUUGAAUUCAUCCGGUGCCGCGAGUGUAAAGAGUCAGAACCGCGGAAGUAUAUCUCAAUCGCCGCCUGAACUCAAACCAGAGCACCGUGAGCCUCCAGUAACCCCUUUCCCGGGCGGUCCACAGAAUAAAAUGCCGCACAACGGUACCGAUUCGGAUGAAGAUGAACCUCCUCCGGCUCCUCCAAAAGACAAUGAAGACAAAAUGCCCACCCCUUCGUCUGAUGCCGAUAAACGUACAGCGGAAGGUAAUGAUGAUGAUGAUGAUGAUAAUGAUACCGAGAAAGUCGAAGAGAAUGGAAUCAGUGAAGUGAUCACCAACGGCAAUGAAGCACCUAAAUCACCUGAGCCCCUGUCCUCUGAGCCGCAGCCAGAAGAGGACCAAGGAAAGCCCCCUGAACCGUCAGGCAACCGCCCUGGCUCAGCGAAGGGUAAAGACAGCAGCGCGAAAAGAAACGGAAAUGGGUCAGAAGGAGAAAUGGAUGACGUUCCCUUAUAAAACGACAAUCCAUAGAUUUUUGUUCUCUUCUCUUGUAUCGCUUUCCAACACUACGCUUUGAAUCUGAUUUUAUGGGACGUUGUUAUUAACGCAGCGACAUUCGCAAGCUCCUCAGUAUCGUAUUCUUUAAUUUAUCUCUGAUUCGUCCUUUGUUAUUUCUUCUCCGCCUUUGUAUACACAUGUUCCCUUUUUGUUUAUCGAGACCUUGAAUAGCACCUUGUCACAGCAGAUGUAUUAUGAACUCUUAAGCUAUUCUAAUAUACUUAUCUUUGUUUCUGUAUCUAGUGGAAAUGCUAUCGAGAAGUAGACCAAAC